GUUCGGGAAGAUGGCUGCUGUGUACAUGAUGCGAAACUGAAUGGACGGAAAACAACCCAAAAUUCCUAAAAUUCCCCCCUCUUCCCUCCUCUGUGGCCCGCUCCACAUCCACACAGAUGCGUCUACGUUAAAACGAAGCCGAUUUUAACCUAGUGGGAAGAACUAGGAUGAUAAUAUGACCCAGAAAAAGAAGAAGCGAGUGAAUCGCAGUUUGUUACUGGCGAAGAAAAUCAUCAUCAAGGAUGGAGGAACGCCUCAAGGCUUUGGUUCCCCCAGCGUUUAUCAUGCCGUUAUCGUCAUAUUUCUGGAGUUCUUCGCUUGGGGUUUGCUGACAGCACCUACUUUAGGAGCUCUUCAUGAAACGUUCCCGAAACACACGUUUCUCAUGAAUGGCUUGAUUCAGGGCGUCAAGGGUCUGCUGUCGUUUUUAAGCGCUCCUCUGAUUGGUGCUCUGUCAGACGUGUGGGGAAGGAAGUCGUUUCUUUUACUCACAGUGUUCUUCACGUGUGCUCCAAUUCCUUUGUUGAAGAUCAGCCCAUGGUGGUACUUUGCCGUUAUCUCUGUAUCUGGAGUGUUUGCCGUCACCUUCUCUGUCAUAUUUGCCUAUGUGGCCGACAUCACUCAAGAGCAUGAGCGCAGUAUGGCUUACGGCAUGGUGUCGGCCACGUUUGCGGCGAGUUUGGUCAUAAGCCCGGCCAUCGGCGCAUAUCUCAGUCAGGUCUAUGGAGACAGUCUAGUAGUGGUUCUGGCUUCAGCCAUCGCUAUGCUGGACAUCUGCUUCAUCCUGGUGGCCGUGCCCGAAUCGCUGCCGGAAAAGAUGAGACCGGCGUCCUGGGGCGCCCCCAUCUCAUGGGAACAAGCAGACCCAUUCGCUUCUCUGAGGAAGGUGGGUCAGGACUCGACGGUUCUGCUCAUCUGUAUAACAGUGUUCCUGUCGUAUCUGCCUGAGGCUGGUCAAUACUCCAGCUUCUUCCUCUAUCUGCAACAGAUAAUGGGAUUUUCACCUGAAAGUGUCGCAGCUUUCAUCGCUGUUCUAGGAUUGCUGUCUAUUGUUGCACAGACUGUAGUAUUAAGUUUACUAAUGCGUUCCAUUGGGAACAAGAACACAAUUUUGCUGGGAUUGGGAUUUCAGAUUCUGCAACUCGCCUGGUACGGGUUCGGAUCGGAGCCUUGGAUGAUGUGGGCAGCCGGAGCCGUUGCCGCCAUGUCUAGUAUCACUUUCCCUGCCGUCAGCGCCCUGAUUUCCCGCACGGCCGAUCCGGAUCAACAAGGUGUGGGUCAGGGUAUGGUUACGGGAAUCCGCGGGCUGUGUAAUGGUUUGGGUCCGGCCCUCUACGGUUUUAUCUUCUACAUCUUUCAUGUCGAGUUGGACCAAGUUCCAGAGAAAGAGCCGGAUGUUACGCAUCACCGUGAUCACCACCAACAGAGUGCAAUAAUCCCAGGACCGCCGUUCCUUUUCGGCGCUUGUUCUGUGCUGCUGGCGCUCCUGGUGGCACUAUUCAUUCCCGAACACCCCCAUAUGGGCUCUCGUCCGGGGAGCUGGAAGAAGCACACAUCACCCCACGGCCACCCGCACAGUCCCCACCCACCAGGAGAGGCCAAAGAGCCCCUCCUACAGGACACUAACGUGUGAUUGGGAGUUUCGAUGUGACCGUGUUGGCCACGCCCCCUAUUCCCCGUUGAGGAACGAACUGCGCAUGGAGGCUGUUGUCAAUUUAUUGAAACGUAAAGCUAUAGCGGAGGCACGGUCAGUCUUGCACCUAGAGCUCUACCUUCCUGUGGAGUUUCAUUUAAAUACACCUGAACGUGAUAGUUAAGGUUUAUGGUAAUUACAGACAGGAAGGAAAGUCUCCACGACUAAGACUGGGCGUCCCUUCCGGAUUACCAAUAGAGCACCACUUUUUAAAAGAAAUGUAUAUAGAAGAACAUAUAUUUAACGAUGGUUCUGUCCAAAGGCACUAUUGCAAUGGCUUGUAUUUAUUCUUUUUAUUAUUUGUUUUUUUGCCUUUUUUCUUUGCUGUUUUGACUGUCUAGUUCUACAUUUCCAUAGUUCACUCAGGGACAUUAUCCUGGUCAGGAAUGUUUCCGAACACAGUGUGUUCCCCUUAUCAGAAGGGCCUAGCGACAACAUAAGUAAUGGGCUUCAUUCAUGAAACACAAGCAAAACGAAUUUGUGUGAAUCGUCUGUGAAACUAUUUGUAGGGAUUCGCAUACUUAAGUAACUCAUUCGUGAAAUUGUUUUUGAAAAAUCGAAAAAUUGUAUAAUUUGGUCCCUUAAAACUAUUUGCACGAAUUCACAGAGAAAAAUUUAUGCAAGUCAUUUAUAAAUCCGUUCGUAGGAAUUUCAGUUAAACGCAUUUGUGUGAAUUGUUCGUUAUAUUACUUCAUUUGUUUGGUGGAACGAAUUUAAGUUUCAUUCAUAAAACUACCUACUAGAUUAAAUGAUUUUGAGUAACUAAUUCAUAAAACCACUCAUAACAAUUUGUGUCAAAAAGCAGUGUAAAUCUGUGUCAAUUUUAAGAAUUCGCAAAAUCCAAGUCAUUUGCAACACCAUACUUCAUUUUGGACAAAUUGCAUUUGUGUGAAUCGUUCAUAAAUUACUUGUAAGGUUUUGAGUGGAACUGAUUUGUGUAAAUUGUUUUUAAAAAAUAUUUACUGAAGUAGAAUAAAUACAAGUAAAUGAUUUGCGAAACCAUAUGUAAGAGAAACAUUGUAAAUCUUUUCCUAAAAUUAGUAUUCGCUAAGUAUUUGCUUAAAACAAAUUUAUGCAAGUCAUUCACUAAACCAUUCUUAAUUUCAGAUGAAUUGCAUUUGUGUGAAUUGUUUGUAAAAUUAAGUUUUGAGUGGAACGAAUGUGUGUAAAUUGUUCGCAGAAAUAUUUACCUAAGUCACAAAACCAUUUGUAAAAAAAGAAUAUAAAUCUUUUACUAAAAAUAUUCCAAGAAUUUGCUAGAACAAAUGUACACAGGUCAAUCGCAGUACCAUUCUUAAUUAAAAAAAAAAAAAAAAAAAUUGCGUUUAUGCAAACCUUCCGUAAAAUUACUUGAUGUUUUGAGUGGAAAGAAUUUGUUACAAUUGUUCAUAAAAAAAUUACCAAAGUAGUAUAAAUAUAAGUAAAUAAUUCGCAAAACCAUUUGUGAGAAAAACAAUGUAAAUCUUUUCCUAAAAUUAUUUCCCAGAAUUCGCUUAGAACAAAUUUAUGCAGGUAAUUUGCAAAACCAUUUUUAAAAAUUUCACACAAACUGUGUAGGUGUGAAUGGUUCAUUAAAAUUACUUGAGGAUUUGAGUGGAACAGACUUGUGUAAAUUAUUCACAAAAAUAUCUUCCGAAGUAGAAUAAAUACAAAUAAAAUCAUUUGUAAAUCUCGUACUAAAACAAGUUCCAAGAAUUCGCCUAGAACAAAUUUAUUUCGCAAAACCAUUUGUAAAAAUUUGACAAUUUGCAUUUGUGAAUCAUUGAUAAAAUGAGGUUUUGAACAGAAACGAAUGUGUAAAUCAUUCACAAAAAUAAUUAUCGAAGUAGAAUGAAUUUAAAUAAUUCGCAAAACCAUUUACAAGAAUUUGUGCUGAACGAAUUUCUGCACAUUUGUAGUAAUACUAUUAACAAAACGUUCGUAUAAUUACAAUAACUUAAGCAGAGCGAUUUCUGUAAAUCAUUUGCAAAAUUUUCAGUGAAUUUCACAAAAUUUGCUUGUAGUUUUCAAGUCCCAAGUACCUUACUGAAUGAAGUGGUUUUCUUAUAAACAGUGCGUUCAUGAGAUUGUGAGUUUGUUCGGGAACACAGAAUUUAACAAAUUUCUAAUGCUUUGACGUGAAUGGCCUUAACUGACAGCUCAGUUUCAGACUUCGGCAACGAAGGAAUGAUUGUGGUACAGCUUCAAAUUUCCUUUUCGUUUUCUGCCUGUUUUCUUUAUACCACUUAGAAUCAAUGGUGCCUUUUCCCAGCUUAAAUUGUGUCGUUGAUGGAAACUGGCGAAUUUAAGUGACGCACGAGACUCGAGAUCUGACUUAAGCAACUGAACAGUCUUACGUUAAAUCACAGUAGAGCUGACUCUAGAUCAGUAGUGAAACUGAAAUCGUCUGUCCGGCCUUGUGUGAAAAUACGUACGUUUACGCAAAACACUUCGCAAAUGCCAACUGACGGAAGUACAUCGGAGGUGAAAUUUGCCAGUGGCCUUUCUAUAUUUUUCGUUUUUGUAAAGACAGAUGAAUGGCUCAUUUUAC